AUGGCUGUUUUAAAUAAAAAUCGAAGGAAGGUCGAUAACAAAUUUAUUGGACGUAGUUUAAUGCGCAAUAAAUUAAGACAUAAAGAGAUAUCUGAUAAUAUUUUAUAUUCUCAAAUUGGAAAUGAUAAUGAUGUUGUAAAAAAAAAUAAGCAAUUAUCAGUUUUAAAUAAAGACCCUUUAGACGAUUUUUUAGAUAACCAAUUAAUUAUUAAUAAUAUACAAGUAAGUAAAGUAUUUCUUAAAAAAUAUGAAAUAAAAGAAAAAAAAAAUUAUGGUACGAAUAAAUUUAAGACCAAAGAGAAUAUUCAGAAUAUUGUUUUGCCUAUACCAGGAAGAGCUCUAUUUUUAAAUAAAGAUGAUAAAAUACAUAUCCUGAUGAAAAAGAAAGAAGAAAAUGAAAUGGAAAAAAAAAGGAAAAAAAAAAAAAAUUAUAAAAAUAAAAUUAGUUUUUUAAUGAGUGGAAAAAGUCUUAUACCACUUAACGUAAGAACACCCAAAGGGGAUUCUUCUGAGAAGAACAAAACAAAGAAGAUUAAAAAGAAAAAUUUAAAUGGAAUUAAUUCUAAAGGUGGUGAUGAUAAUAAGGAUGGUAAUGAUAUUGAUUAUAAUGAUGAUAUGGAUGAUAUGGAUGAUAUGGAUGAUAUGGAUGAUAUGGAUGAUAUGGAUAAUAUUGAUGAGAUUGACGAUAAUGAUGAGAAUGAUGAUAAUGAUGAGAAUGAUGAUAAUGAUGAUAUUGAUGAGAAUGAUGAGAAUGAUGAGAAUGAUGAUAUUGAUGAGAAUGACGAUAAUGAUGAUAUUGAUGAGAAUGACGAUAAUGAUGAUAUUGAUGAGAAUGACGAUAAUGAUGAUAUUGAUGAUAUGGAUAAUAUUGAUGAUAAUGAUGAUAAUGACCAUAAUGACGAUAACUUCGAUAACAUUAAUAACAAUGAUUAUAAUCAUAGUGAUGAAAAUUCUUGUGGUGAAGACUUUGAAAUAAACGAUAAAGAGAGAGAAGAUAAUACAUAUAAUUAUGACAAUGAUUAUAAUUAUAAAUAUUUAUAUAUAUAUGAAAAGUUAGGUGAAAAAUAUAGAAUGUCAAACAGAGAUAAUAAUAAUAAAUUGAAUAAAGAUAUUAUAGAUAAAUAUGAACAUGAAUAUUUUAUUGAAUGGAGAAAAUUAUUAAGUGAAAUCGAAGAGAAAGAAGGAUAUUUUGUAACUCCUUAUGAAAAGAAUAUUGAAUAUUGGAAACAAUUAUGGAGAGUUAUUGAAAGAAGUCAUGUAUUAUUUUAUAUUAUUGAUGUAAGGAAUCCUUUAUUUUUUUAUUGUAGAGGAUUAGAAUAUUAUAUAAAAAAAGUGGAUAAAAGAAAAAAACUUAUUCUUAUAUUAAAUAAAGCUGAUUUUUUAACAUAUGAAGAAAGGAAAAUAUGGGCUGAAUAUUUUGAAAAAAAAAAAGUACACUUUGUAUUUUUUUCAGCCUUAAGAGAAUUAUAUCAUCAAAAUAAAGUAACCAUUGAAAAUAUGCCAAAUGAUAUAAUACAAAAAAGGGAAGAUUUUAUGGGCGACAUAUAUGAUAAUAUUAUAUUAAAAGAAAAUUAUCAUCAUGAUAAUAAUAAUCAUCAUAAUGAUGAUAAUAUAAAUAGUGGUUUAGAUUUUCUUAACAAUAUAGAUGAAGAAAAAAAAGAUAUUAUUAAUGUAGGUUAUGGUAAUUUAAGUUAUGAACAAAAAAAAAAUGAUAAUACAGAUAUAUUAAGUGUAAAUGAUUUAAUAAAUUUAAUUAUAAAAAUAAAAAAAGAAAUAAAACAAUAUUAUCAUGAUAUAGAAGUAGAAACAUUUUCUUCCAUACCAAAAUUUAUGAUAGGAUUUAUAGGAUUUCCAAAUGUAGGAAAAAGUUCCAUUAUAAAUUGUUUAAUUGGUAAAAAAAAAGUAAGUGUAAGUCGUCAACCAGGUAAAACAAAACAUUUUCAAACAAUAACAUUAAAACACUUUCCAUUUUCUUUAUGUGAUUGCCCAGGAUUAAUAUUUCCAUCUUUAGUUUUUAAUAAAAAUGAUUUAAUAAUAAAUGGAGUUUUUUCAAUUGAUCAUUUUAAAGGAGAUGUAGUAUCACUAGUUCAAAUUAUUUGUAAUAUCAUUCCAUUUCAAUUAUGUAAUAAUUAUAAAAUAGAUACUAAUAUUAUUCAUGAAUAUUUAAAUGAUAAAGGUCAUAUCUCAUAUUUCUUGGAUGCAUCUGAAUUUUUAAAAAAAUUCUGUACCUUUAGAAAAUUUGUUUCAGGAGGUAAAGGUGGUCAAUUAAAUUUUAGUCAUGCUACUAGAAUAAUAAUACAUGAUUUUAUAUCUGGAAAAUUGUUAUAUAAUUUUUUGCCUGAUUAUUUUAAGCAAACAUCUGAUAUUUAUUUUAAAAAUUAUAUCCACCAAACAGACAUGGACAAUAUUUUAGAUAAUGAAUUACUAACGGAAGGCAAUGCGAAUGAGGAAAUUUUAACCACCAAAAGGAAAUUUCGAUACAUGCAAAAAAAAAUGAUGAAAGGGAAAAACGUGAUAAAAUACGACAAGAUGUGA